GGCUGCUAUAAAGGCCGGUUCCCUGUUGCUCGCUCCCAUUCCUUCUGUUUUUUCAGUGGGUUUGAUCUGCAGGGGAUACUCCAGUAUGAUACUCCUGUUCACGGCCACCUUUACCAUCCUGGCGCUGUCCUCCCUGGACCAGGUGGAGUCUUCAGCCUAUGACAAGAUAGUCACACACAGUCGCAUCAGGGCUAAGAAUCAAGGGCCCAAUGUGUGCGCUUUACAGCAGGUCAUGGGGACUAAGAAAAAAUACUUCAGCACAUGCAGGAACUGGUAUAACAAAUCCAUCUGUGGUAAAAAGGCGAUGGUCUUAUAUGAGUGCUGUCCAGGUUAUAUGAAGUUAGAAGGGAAGCAAGGGUGCCCUGCAGUGGCUCCUAUUGACACUGUGUUUGGCACCCUGGAUCUGGUGAAGGCCAAGAUCACCCAACAAUACUCCGAUCAAUCCAAACUGAGGGAAGAACUCGAGGGAGCGGGAUCUUACACAAUGUUUGCACCCAGUGACGAUGCCUGGGAGGAGUUAGAUCCUGCAUUGAAAGCUUCCUUGGUCAGCAGUGGAAACACUGAGCUUUACAAUGCACUCCACUAUCACAUGGUCAACAAACGUCUUCUCACUAAGGACCUGAAGAAUGAUAUGACCAUAGAGUCCAUGUAUAACAAACAAGGCCUCUAUAUCAAUCACUACUCAAAUGGAGUUGUCACUGUGAACUGUGCCAGGAUCAUUCACGGCAACCAGGUGGCGACUAAUGGAGUUGUGCAUGUCAUUGAUCGGGUCAUCAGCGUCGUAAGCCAAACGAUCAAGGAUGUGAUCGAAUCCAACGAUGAUCUGACUUCACUAAAUACAGCUGCUUUGAGCUCAGGUCUCCUGGGUCAACUGGCAGAGCCCGGACACUACACACUUUUUGCUCCAACCAAUGAGGCCUUUGAAAAUCUAGACAGUGAUGUCCUUGAGAGACUUAUGAGUGACACAACUGUACUUCAAGCCCUUUUGAAGUACCAUCUCCUGAACUCAGUGCAGUGCUCUGAGGCCAUUAUGGCGGGCUCUGUUUAUGGGACUCUUGAGGGCAGUAAUAUUGAGAUCGGAUGUGAUGGCGAGAGCCUUACAGUCAAUGGUAUCAAGAUGGUGCUGAAGAAAGACAUUGUCACCAGCAAUGGGGUCAUUCAUCUGAUCAACCAGGUGCUCAUGCCUGACUCAGCCAAGCAGGUGAUGGAGCUUAUAGGCAAAUCUCAGAGCAUCUUUAGUGACAUGGUGUCUGAGCUCGGCCUGUCUGCCGCCAUGCAGUCUGAAACUGAAUAUACCAUUCUUGCCCCACUGAAUGGAGCCUUCUCCGAUGAGACAAUGUCCAUGGAUCAGCGUCUCCUCAAGAUUAUUCUAGAAAACCACAUUGUGAAACGCAAGGUCUCUCUGAGUGACCUCUACAGCGGCCAGCUUCUCGAAACCCUGGGAGGAAAACUCCUCCGAGUCUUCAUUUAUCGCACGGCUGUGUGUAUUGAGAAUGCAUGUAUGGUCAGAGGCAGCAGAGAGGGCAGUAACGGAGUCCUUCAUCUCAUGCGAUCACUGAUCCAGCCACCCGAGACAACCAUCUAUGAGCUGCUCUUGAAAGACGGACGCUUCAAAAUCUUCCUGGCUCUGAUGGAGAGUGCUGGACUGACAGAUCUACUGAAGCAGGAGGGAUCAUACACACUCUUUGCUCCUAUAGAUACUGCCUUUGGCACCCUGACAGAGGAAGACAUCACUCUUCUGAAAAGCGACAUCAACGCCCUCAGGGCGAUCCUGCUCUACCACUUUAGCAAUGGCGUCUUUAUUAAUGGAGGCUUGGAGGGUGGAGUGACUAAUCUUCUCAAGACCAUUCAGGGCAACAACCUUCAAGUGCUGUCUGUUAACAACUCCAUCCAUGUUAAUUCAGUGGAGGUUCCAGAUUUUGAUCUUAUGGCAUCCAAUGGAGUGGUUCAUGUAGUGAAGACCAUAUUAUAUCCUCAAGAUCUGCCAGUUGGCCGUGAAGACAUAUUGAUUCUGCUGAGGAGACUCAUCAAAUACAUGCAGCUGAAGUUUGUAUCUGGAUACACCUAUCGUGAGAUUCCACUUACAUUCAUCAAGAGGACUAUAACCACACAUGUCAUUGAGAAAGGUCCUAAGUUCAAGGUGGUGAUCGAAGAACCAAGCGUCACCAAAGUUACACGAGUAAUCAAAGGAGAACCAAGCAUCACCAAAGUUACACGAGUGAUUGAAGAAGAUCCAAGCAUCACCAAAGUUACACGAGUGAUUGAAGAAGAUCCAAGCAUCACCAAAGUUACACGAGUGAUUGAAGAAGAUCCGAGCAUCACCAAAGUUACACGAGUGAUUGAAGAAGAUCCGAGCAUCACCAAAGUUACACGAGUGAUUGAAGAAGAUCCGAGCAUCACCAAAGUUACACGAGUGAUUGAAGAUCCAAACGUCAAAAUUACACGAGUGACUAACGGAGAUCCAAGCAUCACUAUAAUUAAAGGAGUGGUUGAAGGAGAACCAGGCAUCAACAAAGUUAGACAAGUUAAUGAAGGAAAGCCGUCUAUUACACAGGUCACAAGGCUCAUUGAAACUCACAGUGCCUCAUCUGAUGGUGAAAUUGACGCUGAGGAAGAAAUCAAGAGAAUCAUGGGUGAAGAUGUAACCAAGGUGCAGACGUUUCAGAGUGGUGACGUACGCAUGCUCCAGGAGAAAGAUAUCAAACAAAUCACUGAUGCGAUCACUCAGGGAGGUGGACCAGGGAUCACUACCAUAACUAGAGUAAUCAAACCAGGGGUCCAGGCUGUUGAAACUGAACCAGGGCUCACCACGUUUACUAGAGUAAUUAAGAAAGACCCUCAGAUCAUAAGCGGUGCACCAGAUGGGGAAACCACUGUUACCAGAGUAGUUCGACCAGAACCACAGAUAAUUGAAGGACCAGAUUUUUCAAAGAUUAUAUCUUUCAAGGACAGUCCAGACCUCCUUGAAACAGAAUCAGAAAGAAUCACCAGAAUCAUCAAGGAGGGCCGUUAUAAAAAACGAGCUGCCAGCAGACAACCACAAGGACCAAGGCGGAGAGUGGUCAGGCGUCACUCCAGACGCAGACAGAGAAAUUAAUGAGGCUCACCCUACCUGAAGAUCCAGCUAAAGAGAAAGACAGUGUUGUAGGACAGUGUGUUUGUCCUGCAAAUACACUGUUACGUCAAACCGCAUUGAAUGUUUACACAUUACAAACCAAUGCAGUAAUAUCUUGGAUCUAUGUGGCACACACCCCACUUCAACUCAGAUAAGGUGUACUUGAAAUGGUGGUGGUUAUAAAGAGAGACAUUGGUCAUUUUUGUUUGUUUGUUUUUUAAGCUGUUUAUAUUGUUUCUUUGAAUAUAUAUAUACACUGUAUGAGCCUGUCAUUGAGCUUGUCGUGCACAUGAUAUUUUGUGGUGCUUGCAUUCAGGGACAUGAAUGCAUUUUUAUCUGUAAGGAUCAGCAAAGCUUUGGCUGUUGAGUUUACUUUGAAUUAUGCAGCUUUUAACUUUCCAUCUGUUUCUAAUUUUCUGUUCAUCUACAUUUUUAAUUUCAUUUUCUUUUCUUUUUUUUUAAAUAUGAGUUUUUAUGAGAAAUUCAAAUCAUCACAUUGAAAUAAGCCUCAAUGGAAUUAAAAAAUAAAAUAAAAUAUUUUCUGUUUAUAGCA